UAUCUCAAAGAGAAUAUUUUGAAACCGAUGCUAGAAAUGAGAAAUAGAGAAAAUGUGUCUUUAGUUAUAUAAGGAAUGCACUAGUUUCCUAGUCCUUACUUUCCAUUCUCAAACAUACACAUAAAAUAACCAGCAUUUAAAAAUAUUGAGUUAGAAAAGAAAUACCAAAACAUUUAUAUCAUAAGUUUCUUAUCUAUAUCUUGCUUCAAACUGUUCAUACAUGGCUUUAGUAGCUACAAAUAAGACAACAUCACGAGCAGCAACAAUGAUUAUAUGGCUAAUCUCGUGGAGUCUUAUUACGAUCUAUCAUGUCAGUUUAGCAGAAAGUGUUUUGGAAGAAAAAAAAUCAGAAAAUGUUGUUAUUAAAGAAAGACAUUUCUUCUGCUAUAGUGGGAAGUCUUCCUAUGAACGUGUUUGGCCUGAAAUGAAUUUUGGUUGGAGAAUUGUAGUAGGGUCUAUUGUUGGAUUUUUUGGAGCUGCAUUGGGAAGUGUAGGAGGGGUAGGAGGUGGAGGAAUUUUUGUCCCUAUGCUUACUUUGAUCAUUGGUUUUGAUCCGAAGUCUUCUACAGCCCUCUCUAAGUGUAUGAUUACAGGAGCAGCAGGGUCAACAGUGUAUUACAAUCUAAGGCUUAGACACCCAACACUAGACAUGCCACUUAUAGAUUAUGAUCUUGCUUUGCUCUUCCAACCUAUGCUAAUGCUAGGAAUAAGCAUUGGUGUUGCAUUUAAUGUCAUGUUUGCUGAUUGGAUGGUCACCAUUUUGCUUAUCAUUCUAUUCAUUGGUACAUCCACUAAAGCUUUAGUCAAAGGCAUUGACACAUGGAAAAAAGAAACAAUUAUGAAGAAGGAAGCAGCUCAAAUGUUGGAAUCAGGUUCUACUCCUGAUUAUGCUUCUGAAGAAGACUACAAGUCACUACCAGCUGAUCUACAAGAUGAAGAGGUUCCUUUACUAGACAACAUUUACUGGAAAGAAUUAUCAGUUCUUCUGUAUGUUUGGGUGGCUUUUCUCAUUGUUCAAAUUAUUAAGACAUACAGCAAAACUUGUUCCAUAGAGUAUUGGAUUCUUAAUUCCUUGCAGGUGCCUAUUGCAAUUUCUGUUACACUUUUUGAAGCCAUAUGCUUAUGCAAAGGAACUAGAGUAAUUUCAUCAAGGGGAAAGGAAAUUAAUUGGAAGUUUCAUAAGAUUUGUCUUUACUGUUUCUGUGGAAUAAUAGCUGGUAUGGUUAGUGGUUUGCUUGGCCUAGGAGGUGGCUUCAUUUUGGGACCACUAUUUUUGGAAUUAGGAAUUCCUCCUCAGGUAGCUAGUGCUACAUCAACAUUUGCUAUGGUUUUCUCUUCCUCCAUGUCAGUGGUACAAUAUUACCUUCUAGAUCGCUUCCCAGUACCCUAUGCUUCGUACUUAGUUUUGGUUGCAACCAUAGCUGCAUUAACUGGUCAACAUGUGGUGAGAAAGAUAAUUGCCAUCUUUGGUAGAGCAUCUAUCAUUGUCUUCAUAUUAGCCUUCACCAUUUUUGUGAGCGCAAUCAGUUUAGGUGGGGUGGGAAUAGUGAACAUGGUUGAGAAGAUGGAAAAUGAAGAUUAUAUGGGGUUUGACAAUAUCUGCCACCAUGGGAAAAAAUAUGGGGUUUGACAAAAAUGGUCACCUAUUUGUCAUUUUAGCCAAAAUGACUGUAUUAUAUUCUUUGCCAUCUAAUUUAUCUAAAUAUUGUUAUUAUGUGUUCUUAUUUGGUUUCUAAAGAAUUUUCAUUUUCUAUAUCUUGUUUGUACAAUGAAAAUUAUGGUUUAACAGGUAAGAUUUAAUGUUGAUGCAGAAUGAAAACCUUUUUACA